AUGAAAGAAUUGAGUGAAAUUGCUUUUAAUACUUGGAAAGAGCAUACAGAUCUAAUUUUUGAAGAAAAUAGUUCAAAUUAUGACAUCAUCAUUUCAAAUAAGAGACGUUUGCAUAGGAAAGAAUCAAGUGGACAACAUUAUUGUCCUAAACGAUUUGAUGGUAAAUCAGGUGUACUGGCUCAUGCAAAUUACCCAAAUUCUAAUAAUGAUGUUGUAGAAAUCCAUAUGGAUCAAGAUGAAGAUUGGUACUUUGAGAUUGAUACAAAUACUCCAAAAGAGAAGAUAAACUUUUAUGCAGUUUUAGUUCAUGAAAUUGGUCAUACAUUAGGAAUUCCUCAUUCAGCAGAAAAUACCUCAAUCAUGUAUCCAUUAUAUAACAGUUCCAAUAUUGAAUUAAGUAAAGAUGAUAUUCUUGUAGUACAAAGCUUAUAUGGGAAACCAGUUGUAGGAGAUGAUGAUGAUGAGGAAGAUGAGGAGACUGAUGAUGAAGAAAAAGAUUUAGAUCCUCCAGAAUUAUGUAAGCUGAAUAAUAAAAUUAAAAACUUUCUGAUUGUCGAUCAGGUCCUAUAUAUUUACUAUGAGAAAUGGGUUUGGAUAAUGGAUUUGGAUAAUUUAGAUGUUCGCACUAAACCACAACUUAUAAGUGAUUGGUUAACAUUUCUUCCAAAAGGAUUUAACAAUAUAACUGCUGCAUAUCAAAGACCAUCUGGAGAUGUUAUUUUAUUCAUUGACAACAAACUGUAUAUAAUGGAAAUACCCUCUUUUAGGUUAAAAUUUGGUUAUCCAACAUCUUUAACAUCUCUUUCAUUACGAAAAAAUGUAAUUCUACAUUCAGCUGUGAACACAUAUUCUGGUAAAAGCUUUAUAUUUUUUGAUGAUGUUUAUUAUGUAGAAAUUGAUGAAUGUAAGGGAAUAAGUAAAAAAUAUGGACGUAUUACAAAAGAAUUUUCAGGAAUACCUCCAGGUAUAGAAUCUAGUUUCAGAUAUACAAAUGGAUUAUUAUACUUUAUUAAAGAUAAAACAUUCUAUGAGUAUAGUGAAUUUACAAAUUCUGUUCUUAGAGCAGGUAAAUUUUAUCUUUCAUUAUUUGGAAUAGAUUGUUCAAAAUCUACUUCCAAGAUGUUGGAUAUCAUAAGCAAUUUGAAAGAAUCACUUAAUCAAUUAGAGAAUUUCAACUAA